AUGAGGUUUACCGUCAGCAAUGUUCUUGUGGCCGCUGGCAUCGUCGUCAUAAGCGCCAUCACAGGAAGAGUUUCAGCUCAUCCUACCGAUGAUGAUAAACUCAUCCAGAGCAUAGCGGCACGUCACGUACUGGAGGGGAGAUUUGGUAAUACGAAGAGUCAAUGUAAAUAUUGGUCCGACCCCCGCAACUGCAUCGACAACAUCUGCCUGUGCGAAGACGGCAAUAUCUACGCGCUCAACCGGGAGAACAUAAAGCACAAUUUGCACGGGUGCGACCCGCCCAAGGACAGGUACCCUAUGGGACCGUGCCAGCUGAAGGUGGCGUGCUGCGACGUGCCUACGUACCAUGGGAAUCAGGAUGAUAAUCCUGUUUUGACGUGA